AUGAAAUAAAACAAGAGACUUAUUGAGAGAGCAGCUAGAAAGAUUGACCGUGAGAGAGUUAAGAUGGAAGGCUAAGAGAAAAAACAUAAAUAGGAGAUCACGAAACUGGCCAAAUAAGGACAACAUGCUGCAGCAAAAAUCCUUAGCAAAGAUAUCGUGCGUAUCAGAUCUCAGGUUAAUUAGUACUAUAUGAUGAACUCUCAACUUAAGGCAAUGUCAAUGAAAAUGUCAACUAUGAGUUCCUAUCAGGAGAUAGUCAAAUCUUUAGCUGGCAGCUCUCAUGUUCUAGCCUAAAUGAAUGAAUAAAUGGAUAUCCAAAACAUUCAGCAGGUGCUAAAGACAUUCUAAAAGGAAAGCAUGAAGUCUGAAUUAUAACAAGAAGCUGUAAGCAUAUUAUAAUGUGAUGAGAUAUUUAUGUUUAUCCAGGUUAAUGAUGCCAUGGAGAUGGGAAUGGGAGAUGUAGAUGAGCAAGCCGAUGAUGUUUAUAACAAUAUAUUAGAUGAAAUCGGAUUAGAAUACUCCGAAAGUGACCCUCAAAGAGCAAAAGGUGCUAUUCCUAAGAAAAGAGCAGUUGAAGAAGAAAAGAAAUAGGAUGAGGCUGAUGAUUUAGAGGCCAGGCUAGCUGCUCUUAAAAUGUGA